GGAGGAUAGCAGGCCUUAGGGUAGCAGAUCAGCUGUCACCAAGGCACUGACGAGCGCACUGGUCCUCUUUGCUGUGCAGUGGAGGCCUCCUAGCGCAGCGUUGGCCUAAACCUUGGACUGGCCGCGCCUCUCCACCAGCCACACCCACGUUUCUUCGCGGCAUCGCCAGGCACACGACACCUUCUCCACCCCUUCCCGGCGCUUGCUGGCAACGACUGCAUCGCACACUCGGCUCACCGCCCGUUUGGCUACCCACCGCCAGAAUGCGCCAGCCCGUUUGCGCUCUGCUGAGCCUGCUGCUCCUCGGGCCCUCGCUCGCAGCCGCCGCCCCGCACGAUGCAGCGCCGUCGCCGUACGAUGCAGGAACCUAUGCCACGACCCACAAUGCGUCGCCGCGACCAUGGCGCAGGCUGUCCGACGCGAUUAUACGCCGGAUAUGGAGGCUGCCAGAGGACCAGAAGAGCCUGGACGGUCAAAACACGCGCACUGCUGUCGAUGCGCUGGGGGACAAGCUGGUAGCGCAGUACAGUGAAGAUGUCGUCUUGAGAUUCAAGAUACGCACGGCGGAGGAGGCCUCGGCUCUGGCGGAUGCAGCAGACGUCCUCUUCCUCGAUGUCUGGGAGUUUAAUGAGGACUGGGCAGACUUGCGCGUAUCCAAAGACGUCGUGCCUUCCUUGCUCGGGCUGCUGCCUCCAUCGCUCAAGGACGCCCACGAACCACUCCUCCAAGACCUCGGCCUCGCACAAGCAAUCUUCAACACCUACCCAUCCACUGAGACUCCACCCGUUCCCGAGAACGAUCGCUUCUCCUCGAAUCUCCGACCGUCCCCGCGCUCAGGCAAGGGCAACAUCUUCUUCCAAGACUACCAACCGCUCUCCGUCAUCAACCCCUGGAUGAGCCUCAUGGCCUCCAUGUUCACCACCCACGUCCGCCGCAUAAACAUUGGCAUAAGCUACGAAGGCCGCGACAUUCCCGCUCUGCGUGUUGGCGUGCACCCCACGAAUAACGAAGAGCCUUCCAAGCCUCGAAAGACCAUCCUUGUCACCGGCGGCAUACACGCCCGUGAGUGGAUAUCCACAAGUACCGUCAACUACCUAGCCUGGAGCUUCAUCAACGCGUACGGCAAAGACCGUGAGAUGACGCGUCUCAUGGAGGAAUUUGAUUUCGUCUUCGUCCCGACCCUGAACCCAGACGGAUACGUCUACAGCUGGGAAACCGACCGUCUAUGGCGCAAGAACCGCCAACCCACCAGUCUGCGAUUCUGCCGCGGCAUCGACCUCGACCGCAGCUACUCGUACAAAUGGGACGGCGAUGCUUCCCACUCGAACCCCUGCAGUGAAUCCUUCCCCGGCAACACUCCAUUCGACGGUGCGGAAUCAGCACGUUUUGCCGAAUGGGCGAAGAAUGAGACUGAAAACAAUGUUGACAUUAUUGGCUUCUUAGAUCUGCACUCAUACUCACAACAGAUUUUGUACCCAUACAGUUACUCGUGCGACGAGGAGCCUCCGUCUAUUGAGGACCUUGAAGAGCUUGCCAUGGGUCUGGCGAAAGCUAUCCGCGUGUCACGCAAAGGCCAAACAUACAAGGUCACAUCAGCUUGCGAAGGCAACGUAGCCUUUGCAAGUCAGAAGAAGACUAUUUUCCCGCGCAUUGAAUCGAGCGGCGGCAGUGCAUUGGACUUUUUCUACCACGAAUUGAAAGUUAGGUACUCUUACCAGAUCAAAUUGAGAGACACGGGCAGCUACGGAUUUCUGCUGCCCAAGGAGAACAUUAUACCCACCGGAGAGGAGAUGUUGGACGCGUUGUUGUACUUUGGGCGUUUCAUGUUGGGCGAGGUUGGCAUCGUCAACCAGGAGCAGCCUGCUCAAAUUGUCAAGCCGUCGCUCGAGACUGAGAUCAUCGAGUUGUAGUCCAUGGUCACUUAAUACAUUCUUCAAGACCUGACUACGCACAUUGCGUAAAGUCAUAACCGAUUUCAUGCAUUAGUGCCCGUAAUGCAGAUCCUCGAGAAGCGAACACAUCCAUGGAGUCCAAUUUUGUACAAACUCGCACAAGCGCGAAGGCGUUAAAAACAACCUUGAAAGUCGCACAGCGGCCAGGUUCUUGGAUGUUGGUUUUCAACGGCCGCCAUGCAGGUAGCGUUCUCUUGCACGUGGGAGGCCCGUGCGACGACCGUUAGUUCAAGCAUAGAUCCUUACAA